AUGUUUUCAGAUACCAUCCGUUACGCGGGGAAUUCAACAAGAUUCGAUAACAUCGUAAAAUAACUUGGAUAUUUCGACUACAAAGGUCAUAGUAAACCUUUACAUUACAACAGAAGCUAUUCCAGUUUAAACUUCUGUAGAAUUUCCGUGAAUGAGAUAGGAUUUCAGGAGGAAUUAUCGCUGAAAUGGCCGACAGUCGCAGAUCAUCCAGAGCCAGGAAAGAAGUGGAUUAUUCUACUUAUAGUGGAGGAGGGGACAGUGAUGAUGGGGAUUUCACCGGGCCGACCCCACCACCAGCCAAGAAACUCAAAGAAGAGAAGGCGAGAACAAAGAAGACGAAGAAGAAGAGAAGUUCCAGUGAUAUGGAUGAUGAUUAUGAUGAAUUUAAAGAAACGCCCAGAGGGAAAAGAAAAGACAGAAAGCCAGUAGAAGACCGAAUGUUUGAUCGAGAGCUAGAGUUAGCUCUAGAGAUGUCCAAACAUGAAUCCAGUCAAGAUACAAACGAUGAGAUGAAUAGCGCCCCCAAGAGGAGAGCUAAGGAAGUCAAUGCAGUUGUACAUUCAGCUCCACUACAGCCAACAGAAGCUGAUUCAGAGGAGUUACCAACGCCUGACUUCCUUUAUGAAGAACCAGAGUCUAUGACAUCACCACCUGUCCAGAGUUCGCCAGUCAAGGGUUCGCCACUUAAAGAAUCACCGGUGAAGGAAUCACCCGCGCGUAAGCCAACGGUUCAAAAGUCACCGGUCAAGGAAUCACCGGUGAAGAAAUCACCCGCACGGAAGUCAAAGGUUCAGAAGUCACCACCAGUCAAGAAGACCCCUGCGCCUGCUAAACGCACCCCUACCACUGCCUCUGCACCUGCCAAACAUACCCCUAGUACCGUCAGAGGAGGGUCAUUGAAGAGGUCCGCCCCUCCCUCAAAGCCUCUGGUAUCGUCGACGCCCAAGAGCAAAUGUAAUGUUGCCCUGACGUCACCCAGGACGGUAGCCUUGAAGAGACCUGCACCUAGUCCCUCAGCAGCAUCAGGAAACAAUCCUUUGGGUGGUGUCAAGCUGGCCUCUUCAGGUGUUCCUAUUCGCCUUGGACUCUCAAAGUUUGCACGCAUUAAACCACUGCAUGGCAAAGUGUAGCCCAAUGUGAGAACAAACCCUAGUAUCGUCUACAAUUGUACAGGAGCAUGCUGGGUAACAUUGAAGUAUAUCGUAUUAGCAAGAUUGGUCUCAUGCCAAAGUAUAGCACCAUGCUUGUGAACAAAUCCUAGGGAUGUAUCAAGAUCUUCAUUGUCUGUGCCAUAUGCACUAGUGGAACAUUGCUGAAUCUGGGACUCUUUGAGACUGAGGAACGUUGCAAGAAACAUCACAUGUAGAACUUGUGUGAACAUACCCUGGAAAUGUAACAUAAUUGGAACUAUUCCGCUAGAAAAUAUAAUCCAGGUUUAUAUAGUGGUAUUUUACGUCUCUAAGCAUUUUACAGAUUGGAUAUAUCAUCACCCGGAUCAUCGGAUUCAGGCUUGUCCACACACAAUUUAUGCUUAUUCUCCACUCCUUGGGGAGCAUUCCAGCUACCGGUAGGCAGUAUUUUACAGACUCUUCCGAUGCUGAAUAAACUGGGCUGGGAUUUGAGCCCUCAACCCUUUGAUUGAGAGUCACAUGGAUGAACCACUGUACCAGGACACCUCCAAAGUAGAUUGAGGAAUACUGCAUGGUCGAAGUAGCUUGCUGUGAGUGAAUGAAGUCUGGAAUCUAGCAAUUAAAAAAAAAGAUAUGAGAUGGAGGAACAUUGCAUGGAAUGUUGGGGUAAAACAUGCUUGUGAAGUGUGAACAAAACUUGAAAAUCUAUUACAAGAUAUGUAUUUAUGCAAUAGAGAAACGUUGUAGAGUCUGUGUAUAAACAUGCCUUGUAUAUAUGUAAACACACCUGGUCAGGGAUGAAAGUACUACAUUAGGUGAAUCCAGUGUAUUUGAUGAAAAUGUAUAAGGUGUGAUAUUUGAGCUGUUGUACAAAAAAACGUCUUAGCUAUUACCAUGCAUUUAUUGCCUGCAAUUGUAAAUAUGUACAGAUAAAUAUUUAUCUAUUAAUAUGU